UAGUAUGCAAACGCGCACAGCACAAAUGUAUUAAUAAAGUUAUUUUUAUAAAACAGUGCGUGAACCACGUAUGAAUUAUUUUAUUUUCUUUCUGGACUAGAUUGUAUGCCUGACAAUUAGAAGUAAAACGGAAAACAUCUCUACGGACACAAAAUAAAAAGUUACAAUGGAGCUGCCAUCAUCGAGCAGUGAUAUAACUAGAGAGCAUGAACACUACCUGAGGCAUAUAUUGUUUUUGGAACAAGCUACGUCCAUCGUAUUGAAGGCCAUAAUAAAAAGAGAAAAGAAAAAAUGCGGAAAAGACAUUGGAAUUUUGCUAAAUGAGCCAAGAUAUACAUUUAAAACACAUUACAAAACAGAGUAUCUUCAAUUAUUUCAAGAAGAUGUCAAUGACGACAUUGAUACGUGGGACACUCUUCAAUUAUGUGCUGUUUUAUUAGCUCUAUUUAAAUCUGACCUAACUGGUCCUGAAGUUAAAGCCAUUCAGUGUAUAUAUGAUCAGAGGAAAGAUAUUGAACGUUUCGUAGAAUGUGCCUCCCUUACAUACAAUACCUACAAGGAGAAACAACAUUUAUUGAUAGAACAUUUGCACGGGUUGAUGAAGCUUAUAGAUGUCAAAUCUGAUUAUAAUUGUACACGUAUGAUGGUUUCAUUUAAAACAAAAUCAUUGCAAUUGAGCGAAACACAGAUAGGCAAACUAACACAGACAAAUGAUUUUAAAACUCAUCUUAAAAUUGCAAAGGAAGUAUUCGUUUCAGAGAAUGAUAUGAUUGUCGAAGACAAUGAUCGAAGGGGUGAGAUAAAUGGUACGUAUUCGUGUUUUGUGUUGUUUUUAUUUGACUUGUCAGUCAUUAUUCGUAUCCGGACUUAAUUUUUUUGCAUCAACUUAUAACUGAUGAAACUCCUCUUUUUUCAUGAGUGCACUAUAUAUACAUAUAUACAGGAACCACUGACUCGAUAUUGUAAAGUUAAGCUUCAACAUCAAAAUAAACAUGGCA